GAGUAGUUAGUGCCAGUGAAGUGCGGGCGGCGAUGAGAGCGAAAGUUGCGCUCGGCUCGGCGCUGGGGGCUUGAAGCGGCUCCGCUCUCCGCCCGCUAGGGCCGCCCUAGCCCCAACUCGCGCCCGCGAGCUCCGGCCGCGCCCGCCCGCCUCCGCGCCCGCUCUCACCCCCCUCCCCCGGCCCGGCGCCCCCUCCUCAGGAGCCGCGAGUCCCCGCCACUUUCGCCCGCCCCGGGCCCCCGCCGAUGCCGGCCAUGGUGGAGAAGGGCCCCGAGGUCUCAGGGAAGCGGAGAGGGAGGAACAACGCGGCCAACGCCGCCGCCUCGGCCGCUGCCGCCUCGGCCGCCGCCGCCUCGGCCGCCUCCGCCGCUGCCGCCGCCUCCUCGGCCGCCUCCGCCUCCUCGGCCACCGCCGCCUCCGCCUCGGCCGCCGCCGCCCCCAAUAAUGGGCAGAAUAAAAGUUUGGCGGCGGCGGCGCCCAAUGGCAACAGCAGCAGCAACUCCUGGGAGGAAGGCAGCUCGGGCUCGUCCAGCGACGAGGAGCACGGUGGCGGCGGCAUGCGGGUCGGACCCCAGUACCAGGCGGUGGUGCCCGACUUCGACCCCGCCAAACUAGCAAGACGCAGUCAAGAACGAGACAAUCUUGGCAUGCUGGUCUGGUCACCUAAUCAGAAUCUAUCAGAAGCAAAAUUGGAUGAAUACAUUGCCAUUGCUAAAGAGAAGCAUGGGUACAACAUGGAACAGGCUCUUGGGAUGCUCUUUUGGCAUAAGCAUAAUAUUGAAAAAUCAUUGGCUGAUUUGCCCAACUUUACCCCCUUCCCAGAUGAGUGGACUGUGGAAGAUAAAGUCUUAUUUGAGCAAGCCUUUAGUUUUCACGGGAAAACUUUUCAUAGAAUCCAACAAAUGCUUCCUGAUAAAUCUAUAGCAAGUCUGGUGAAAUUUUACUACUCCUGGAAGAAGACGAGGACCAAAACCAGCGUGAUGGAUCGCCACGCCCGGAAACAGAAACGGGAGCGGGAGGAAAGUGAGGAUGAACUGGAAGAAACAAAUGGAAAUAACCCCAUUGACAUUGAGAUUGAUCAAAACAAGGAAAGCAAAAAGGAGGUGCCCCCUACUGAGACAAUUCCUCAGAUCAAAAAAGAAAAACAUAGUACACAAGCUAAAAAUAGAGCAAAAAGGAAACCUCCAAAAGGAAUGUUUCUUUCUCAAGAAGACGUGGAGGCUGUUUCUGCCAAUGCCACUGCUGCUACCACGGUGCUGAGACAACUGGACAUGGAGCUGGUGUCAAUCAAACGACAGAUUCAGAAUAUUAAACAGACGAACAGUGCUCUAAAAGAAAAACUUGAUGGUGGAAUAGAACCAUAUCGACUUCCAGAGGUCAUUCAGAAAUGUAACGCACGUUGGACCACAGAGGAGCAGCUUCUCGCCGUACAAGCCAUCAGGAAAUAUGGCCGAGAUUUUCAGGCAAUCUCAGAUGUGAUUGGGAACAAAUCAGUGGUACAAGUGAAAAACUUUUUUGUAAAUUAUCGACGCCGCUUCAACAUAGAUGAAGUUUUACAAGAAUGGGAGGCAGAACAUGGGAAAGAAGAAACCAAUGGUCCCAGUAACCAGAAACCUGUAACGUCCCCGGAUAAUUCUGUCAAGAUGCCUGAAGAGGAAGACGAGGCUGCUUCUGUUCUUGACGUCAGAUACGCAUCUGCCUCAUGAGCAACUGGUGGCUUUGAGCACUUGGUAUGGACGACUGUGUUAUCCAGGAUUCAGGUAUUACAAGACAUCACCUAGCCAUCUGCAUCACAUCUCUGUGGACAAGCAGCUAUUACCAAAAAGGCAUACACUUCCAGUCCUGUGCUACAUCUGCCUUAAUUCUCUGCUCGUUCCUCCGUGUUGGCGCCACUUCCCAGAGAGCUCUUUGCGUCUCUCGCUCUGCCUAAGUGAGGGGGGUCCCGUGGCCUGCGCGCCUCCUGCGACCCUGGGGACCACCGCCUCAGUCGGAGCCCCGGCCCACCAAGAGCAGCUCUGCCCCGUCUGCGGCUUCGGAACAGGUAGUCGACUCAGAAGGCGUGACUCUGUUCCUGCAUGGCCUGCAAGCUCUACUUUGUGCAUAAUGUAAUUUUCAGAGUAACUGUGACCCCAUUGGCCUUCUAGGAAGUUUCGUUUGUUCUUUUCUGAGGCAUCCACCUAAGUGAUAUCAUGCUUCUUUGGAAAUCACAAUAUAUUGGCAGACUGCAUUAUAACCUUUAUCGUGCCAAACAGCCUGACACAACUCACAUUUCCCUAAAUGUCGGUAUAAUUUUGGUUUAUAAAUUUAGUUGGCUUCAGUCUCUCCCUUCUCCCUUCCCGCGAGGUAGAAAGCUCAUUCAUAGCAACUGUCCUUGGACACCGUAGCUCAGAGGGAGUGUGGACUCAACACUUUGUGCCGUCAACUUUCAGAUUGUCACCCCAGGAUGGGCGUCACCCUGUCUGUUCCUGAGCCCCCACCCGCACCACCGCCCAACUCCAAGAGAUUUGGUCCAUACCACUGUACCUGGUGCUUGUACAAAAUUUGGAAUUGGUGCCUUCUCCUUUUGGCAACCAUGUUUUCAACCCUUUUUCUGUUUCGGUGUCUUUUCUUCUGUAAAGCUUAUUGCUUGCCAAAGAUGACAUCACUGAGAUUAGGAGACGGGAGAACUUGCUGCACGGUCUUGACAGAGUGCAGAUUUUAAAUGUCAGGUUAAGGCAAUAAUAAAGGGUAUUGGAAUAGCUGGUGAUGGUUUUAUGAAAGCGACGUGCUGUUUGUUCCCCGUCCUGUUGGUAUGCCUGGCCUUUCACAUGUCACUCCACGUAGCCUCUGUGUCCGUCAUGUACUGAUGUGACCACAUGAGCACCAUCCUCUCUCAGUUAUUAUAUCGACAGUACAGGACAGAGACGUGAUCAGUUAUUGGCUCUAGUGAGACCAAGGUGGAAAGAAACAGUCUGCGAAGUGGUAUGUAAUGCCUUUGGUUGGACUGGGAACAAUUACAGAUGUUUAAUAAAUGUUUAAAACGUCCAUAAUCACUUUUUUUUUUUUUUUUUUUUUGCGGUACGCGGGCCUCUCACUGCUGUGGCCUCUCCCGUUGCGGAGCACAGGCUCCGGACGCGCAGGCUCAGCGGCCGUGGCUCACGGGCCCAGCCGCUCCGCGGCAUGUGGGAUCUUCCCGGACCGGGGCACGAACCCGCGUCCCCUGCAUCGGCAGGCGGACUCUCAACCGCUGCGCCACCAGGGAAGCCCCCAUAAUCACUUCUAUUCUCUUGCCAGACCGUAGGCUGCUGAGGGGUUGAGGGUAGACUGCGAGGUGUGCUCUAAUGUGACCCGUUCCCCAUCCCACGGUCGGUUCAGCCUGCACUAAACAUGUUGAAGGAGCUUUUUUUUGUUGUUGGUUUUUGCAUCAUUGAAGUAUUUUUCAUGCUUUCAAUACCAAAAAGAAAAAAAAUUGCAGAUGCUUUAAGGCAUAAACAGAAUUCUUAAGAAUUUGAAAUAUGCAAUUAAAAUUUGAUGUGUUUUGACUCCCAAGCACCUUGGGUUGUUUUUUUUUUUUUUCUUUUAAGUCAGCUGGUUUUCUCUUUAGGAAGAGGGUCAGCAAGAAACCUAGAUUGUUUGGAAUUGUACUUCUUUUUUUUUGAAAUCUGGAGAAAGGUCAUUCGAAAGGGGAGUGAAAUGGGACUGUGCCGGUUUUCGACACUUGUCCCUGCGAGAGGUGUCCGUUGAUCAGGAGCUGGUGAAGGGGAGCAUGAGAGGGGCUGGGGGGCAUCACAGCUCGCCGCUCCUACCUGCACGGGGCGGCACAGUAACACUAGUCACAACGUAGGGCUCAUUUUGUUUUUAUCAUGAGCCUGCUGUGUAAUUGGAAAAUGGCAGGAAAAACGUGGGUAAGAGGCGGCAUAAGUUUUGCACGUCGCUUAAAGGGGACACUAGGCCUGAAAGAAGAUUUCGCUUCUCCUUGCUUCUUCUUGAGACCUCCUUCCUCUUAACGGAAGCAGUAGGCAAUUUGCUGCAGUGGUUUCCCUGCCAGUAGAGCUGCUGUUCCUCUCUUCACCCCCAGGCUAUUUUCCUUAAGAAUCAGUCCCCUUUGGCAGUGCUUGAAGGUUUGGUGCCGGGUCCUGUGUGGCGCAGCAGGCAUCCCGGCAGUGCCGGCCUCUGUCUGUGCUCAGACGUCCCCUUACCUGGUUCCUGGCACCAAGUGAUCCCCAGUCCUGAAGAGUCACGUGCUGGAGUACUUGCUACCACAGCCGCUGAAUUUCUGCUUUCUCUCCGAGGGGGAGGGGCAUGUCGUUUUCAUUUGCCAGAAGGAAAACAGACAGUUGUCUUUGCCUGACUGCCUUCACUGUAGUCUCAUGCAUAAGAUAGCACUGUCUUUUCAACUGUUUCAUGACACUGUCUUGGCAACGAUGUUGUAAAUGCAAGAAAUCGCCUAGCUUUAGAGCCAGGUGAUUUGGUCUUAUUUUAGGGGAAGACCCUUUCUAACAUAUCAAGACUUCGGUGCACCAGCAGGUUGUGUUGGGAUGUAUAAGGGGUGCACAGUGACAGCUGCUUCGGAUGCAAUGUUCACUUAAGCUUUGUCUUCUUAAAAAUUAUCAAUGUGAAUGUCAUAAUUAUAUAUAUAUAUUUUUGUGGAAAAUUUCUCCUAAGUAUAAGUUAUUGUGCAAAAUAUAGUACCAUUGAAGCAAAUGAUAGUUUAACUUUUAGUUUAGAAAUCCUAAAAGAUAUAAAUUGUAUUGCAUAUGCAUUAAAAGUUUGUUUUAUUUAAUUUUGUGUAGAUGUGUAAAGUGUUAGGUAAAAUUUUUUUUUCACGUAUUCAUUUAAACACCUUGUUACUUGAAUAUUGUGUUGACUGGUCAUAAGCAGUGAUGGAUUGUGUAAUAUAGGUCUUUUAACCAGGAAGCAAGCCUGCCUCAGUUGUGCUGAUCAGGUGAGCAGUGGUGCAGGUCCGUGCUGGUGUCAGCAGGAGCCUGAGGUUAGUGUGACCCCCUCCAUGCCCCACUUCCCCCGUGUCGUCUUGGUACAUUCGUGCCUACCAGACACCAGUUCCUCAAGGUGGCUUUUGAUAGUUUUUAACCUCUGAUGGUCAUAAACCUCUAAUCAAAAAAUGAAAAAGAAAAAAUAGUUGAGUUUUAAAAGCUUACUGUGGUGGACUAAUUAAGCAGUAGUUUUCUGCGCGUAUAAAGUUUUCUCAACCAUCACACACCACUCUAAGUGUGCUCGUUGUCACUUUAAAUUUCAACUAUGCCCUAUUUUUGUCUUUCUGAAUAUCAGAUGUACUAUUGGUAUAAUUGCAGACCAAAAAUAAGCCAAAUAGUGCAUUACACUAACUGGACCCCUUCUUACAUGAGCAAAGGACGGAUGGAGCCAGCCCACACGAGAGCCUCAUUUCUCUUGUCUAGCCUCAUCUAAAUCAAGUGACCCAGGAGUCAAGCUUUUAAUACCAAGGGAAACUUUGCCUCAAGUUGACUCAAGGUGGUUAGCCAAUUUGAAUCUAGUGCUCUUGUGCAGUGCUCAGAAACAAACCCUCUUUCUGCCGCCGCCCCCUGGAUCUCUGCGGCUUUCCCUCCUCACGGUACAGCACAACUGCAGUAACGUUGCAGUGCAGCGGGAGGAAGGGCAGUGUAGCCUAUGCAUGUUGUAUGAUACUGAGUGUUCACAGCCCCUCUCCUAAACUCAAGUUGAUACUGGAGCGGAUAGUAUUCCAUUACGUAGACCUAUCAACUUUGCUAAGUGCUUUUUAGACUGCUUAAGAAUUUUUCAAGAUUUUAAAAGAUGUAUAAGGUUAAGUUUGCAAAUAUAAUGGAAAUGCUGUAUAUCUUUUGAAGUGAUAAAAAUCCAUGUUGGAAUUUUAAAGAAAAUACGUUGUAAUAAUGCUGUUGUAAGUAAUAUUUUAAUGUCUCUUUUUGCCUGUUUUUCUAUUUCAGCACAUUCAUUGUGGUGAAUGUUCAUAGCAUUAUCAUUGCUUAGCCAUCGAAUGAUAACAUUUGUUAGUAGAGAUGGAAAAUUUUAUUUGUGAAAUUCUGCAGAAUUCAUUUUUCUAUUUCCAAUAUUUGCUGACGUUAAAUAAAAAUUUUCAAGCCAUUGAUGUAA